CAGCCGGCGAUGGGGCGGGCGGACGAGCGGGGGCGGUGCGGGUGCUGCCCCGGAGUCCACCGCGCCCUUUCCAGGAAGCGCUCAGCGCAGAGUACGGCGGUGGAUGGUUCCCGGCAGCCGACCCUCGGCUCGGAGCUGCGGUGGGCAGGUACGCGCCAUGCUGGGGUUGCUGCUGCUGCUGCUGUGCCGGCUCCAGGUGACCGCGUCGGCGUUUCUUCACCGCACUCCGAGACCGGGAGGCCCGGAGCAACCCGACGCCACACGCGUGUUCACAUCAGCAAAGGAGGCCAAUUUGUUCAUUGGACGACAUCUUCUGAACAACAGGUUUGAUUUUGAAGCAUUCACACCAGAUAACCUGGAAAGAGAAUGUAUGGAAGAGCUGUGCAGCUAUGAGGAGGCCAGAGAAAUUUUUGAAGAUGCUGACAGAACGACACAAUUUUGGAGCGACUAUUCAACUACAGGUCCCAGGAUAAAAACAGGUGAUGAAACACUACAAAAAAUUAACAUUACAGGACUUCUCAUCGGUCCAAUUGCUGCUGGAGGAAUGUUAGCCAUAAUUGGACUACUUAUCUUCUACUGCUGCAAAGAUAGAUGUAAAUCAAGGCAACCACCAGGGCACGUGGAUCAUGGAAGAAGCAGAAGACGUAGUUCGACUUCCAUCUUCAGAAGACAUGAAGAACUUUCUUUAAAUCCACUUCCUCCUAGAACUGAUGAUUCAGGACUACCAACUUAUGAGCAAGCAGUUUCUGCCAGCGGACAACAUGAUGCACCACCACCUCCUUACCCAGGGCCCCCAAAAUGGAUCCGGGCAUUUCGAAAGUCUAUGUCGCUUCCUGCCCCUUAGCUACAAACCUCCUCCUAAAGGGAGGAGGAAUUACUGAAGCAUAACAAACUUCAAAAAGUUCACUACCUUGCAUAUUGUAAGAUGGUUUAUAAAAAUGUGAAAGACCAUUAGCACAACUAGGAAUAAGUCAGGAUCCCAUUUGGGAGAAGUCAACUGUUGCGAAAGCUGCAGGACUAUUCUUUGCACAAGGUUAUUGUGCUAAGAAGAAAGAGUGGAUAAAGAGUAAGUCUUGUACUGCCACUCUUCCUCAUGCACUUUGAGCCAUCCCAUCAUAUUAUUGAUGUUUUAUUAAUAGUUUCAUCUUGUUUCUUUAGAAGGAACAUUAUUUCAAUUGGUUUUAUUGACAGUAACCAUUUUUUGGUGACUUAAUACUUUCAGUCAUCGUAAGUCUACUGUGUUGUUUGACAUGCUUUACUGCUGUGUGGAUUUUCUAUUCAUUCUAGUAAUAGGUUUGAGUAUGAAAACCAUUUAAUGAGUUUAUCUUUCAAGUGUGAAUAUAUUACUGCUUCUGGAUUACAAUGGUUCGUUUUAGACUUUGCCGGUAAACAUUACUUAAUUUGAUGUAUUUUUGUGAUUAUUAUUUUGGAUUGAAGGGAAUAAUUAAUUGCAUGGCAUAUUACACACUCAACAAAAAUAUACUUGAAUCCAAGGUUUUUAUGAUACUCCAGCUUGUUAUUCAGAGUAGAAUACUGAACAAGUAGAGUACUUGUACCCUUUGGAAGAGACAGGGAGCCAAUAGCUACAGAGUUGUUCCCUGCUAAAAUUAUAUUUAGCCUGCUUUGUCUGGAAAUUACCCAGGUUUCACAGAUGACGUUCUUCUAGCUGUCUAAGAGUUUAUGUGGAGGAAAAUAUAUAUUUUGCUUGUGAAAUA